AAACUCGCAGCAUACAAUCAUUCGCGUGCCGCCUCUCAGAGCUGACGGUUCGAAAAUACCGUCGUUUGCGUCGUUGCCCGGUCGGUUGUUGUCGUCUUUCGUUCUCGGUUGACGGUGGAACCAAAAGCAAUUGGUACGCAGCGUGUAUAAUCGAACGUGCGCGUUUUCCGUUGUUUUUCCAGAUGGAAAACCAACCUGUACCGCUGGUUGGGAAAAGUGUUGAACGCUGAUCGUGAGUUGUGCUAAAGAAUUCCAGUGAGUGUAUUCGAUAUUAGGGACAAGUCGAAAUAUUGAUCUGACUGCGUGUACACGCAGCGUGUAAAAUACCUGUCCCGUAAGUGUUUGUGAAGUAACAUAUUAUUAGUUUGUCUUCAAACAACGAUUGAAAUUAAUUAGUUCACGAACUCUGUCACUGAACUUGGAGCAUUAUGAAACGGUAAUAAAAUUUCGGGGCUCGGCAAAAAACCCAUAGCAAACCAAAAACUCCAUCCACCACAACGCGGAAGUUAUCCUAUAAACCGUGCCUGUCCGCAAAGGAUUGAGAAGGAAAUUCUUCCGCAAAGAAAAACUACGCCAAGAGAGCAAGUGAAACCUCCGGUGCAGAGAAUGAGCAGGUUCGUCCCGUGUUCGGUGAGAGCUGCUGUGAGCUUUUACCGAUUUUCCUGAAAUUUGUUUGCCGCCAGUUGGGAACGACCGUGUACCGGCUUUAAGGGCUGCGAGUGUGUGUGUUUUUUAUUCGGUUUCUUCUGCUUAGCUUGAAAGAACCAAACACGAAACGCGAUUUGAAAUUAAACCACGAACGCAAAACGCCGGUCGGGUAAGGAAAAGGGAAAAAAAUAUAUAGCAAAAAAGAAGCAAUAAUUCCCGCUUGAAAAUAAACACACAAAACUGGGACACAGCUGAAGCGUAAAGCAGGAGAAGGAAGGUGAGCGUGGUUUUUUGGUUGCUGGCGUUUGCUGUGUGUUUGUGUGUGCGUACAAGAUUAAUCGCAUCGUCGGACAUUGAGUUUGUAUAGUACAAAAAUAGACGCAUUCGUAAUAAAAUUACUUCGGUUCCCUUUUUUGACGCUACCCGGUGUUGGUGACAGCACGUGGAACAUUUUGUGCGCGGAAAGGAAAAAUCGGUCUAAAGAAAACAGGUUGCAGUUAAACGAUUCACACGAGUAUUUCUUUCUCUCGGGCAGCAUCGGGUGGUGCCUCUUUUUUUCUUCUUCUCCGUUUUUUUUUAAAUAUCAAAUUGCCCCCAUAGAGAAGGUGGAAAAAUCCACCCUGAAAAAGAGAUAUUUUCACGAUUCUUGGAGGUUGGAAAAAGUGUGUAUGUUUUCUAAAUUUUCCCAGUGCGUUCUGUGCGAAUUUUCUUCCUCUUCGAUGUGUGUGUGUGAAAAGUGUUGAAAAUUGAAUAAGGAAUAGAAAAAUGAAAAAGGCCUAAUAAGAAGUGAUCCUUGCUUAGCUCUGUGGCAAACGUGCAAGAAAGGAGCUUAAUUUAAAAUUUCAUUUUUAUCCUUUCAGUUCCAAUAUUACCUACUUUUCUGUUGUCCCCGUUGCCAUUUUGUAGUGAGUGAGUGUGUGUGUGUGCGUGCUUUAGUUUAAAGCCAUCAAGCCAGCUAAGCAUAGUGUGAAUUCCCAUGUGGGGUAGGUGAUUUUUAACACCUUUUUCUCGUCUCCGCCCCCCACAUUAUUCGCCGUUGGAGAGAAGGCAAGAAAAACCAUUCUAAGUGUCCAGGGUGAACGAGCGCUUGUGUGUGUUUCCUUGUUUCGUUUACAUCGCCAAACACCAUUCACACACCCCCACUAGCAGGCGUUCAGCUGAUUUGAUUCUGUAAGCGAAACAGCGCCAGAGUAGCAGCAACAGCAGGGAAACCUACACUUUAUCGAAAGCCGCUUCAGCAACAGAGUGCGUGAAAUCAUAAAAAUGGAUAAACGUACGAGCAUGAAAAUUGGAUUACUCUGCGUGCUGCUUGGAGCAUGCACGGCGGUGAAAAUCAUCAACCUGAAAGUCCCAUCAACCUACCUGCUGGAUCAAACGUCCAAAACGCCCGACCCGCUAAUACUCGACUGCGAGUACGAGGUGGACGAAAGUGAGAAAGGAUUCGUGCUGAAAUGGCUGCUGGAUGGACAGCCGGUCUACCAGUGGAUACCGUCAAAAAAUCCAUUCCCCUUCCAAUCGUUUAAGAAUCGGGUCGAUACCAGCUAUGUCGUAUCGCAGGAGCAUCUACACAAGCAUCGGGCGAUGGCGAUCAUCAAACCGCUAGCCAAUUUUACCGGCGAGUACAUGUGCAUCGUGCAGACGUAUGCGUCGAUUGAUAGAAAAUCAGCCAAGCUGAAAAUUAUCGUUCGGGAGAGUAAAUUCGACCUAAGCUACUACCUGAACGGCGAUGGGUACAUCACGGUUGAUUGCCACGCACGGGACAUUUCCCCGCUACCAGAGCUCCAGAUACGCAUCAACUAUGAGCUAUUUGAGACGGAAAACCUUAAAUCCGUCCAGGGCGAAAAUGGUCUGUACAACGUGUCCAUCAGCGGCCGGAUACGAAAGGAUCAGCUCGAAUCACCGGCCAUGAUCGAGUGUCUACUCUCGAUACCGGAGACGAACUACAACAAACGCCGCUCGACGACAUACUACGCGCGCAAAACUAAAUCUAACAAUAAACCGCUUCCAGAAUCGCAUCUGAAAACCACUACCACUACGGUGGCGACCACGACGACGGUCGAAAUGCUACAAGCGGCACCGGAAAACCUACAGAAGAAGGGCUUUAACGCGACCGAUUCGAAUGGCGCUAGCAGCAGUCUUCCGGUGCCGCUACGAACGACCACAAGCGUGCUGGCGACCGUUGUAACGAUUUUACUCAUCUUCACCACAACGCUCUUGUAGAUGAGCUUGAAGCAGUACACCGACGUCGAGAUCCGGAACCGCCGAUUGCACCUCAACUUCAUACACAGCUAAGAAGCCGAUUCGCUCCCAAAACGGCGGGAUAGACAACGCUACCGCAUCCUGUAUUGUAUUGCGGUGUGCCGUCAUUUAGGCGCCGAGCUAGUGGUUUUUCUUUCACGUAACACGAUAAUCAGGGGUACGGGUGUCCUCGCCAUAAGUAUGUGUGUGUGUGUGUGUGUGUAUGUCUGUGUAUGUAUGUGUGCAAUUCGUCAACGUGAUAGUCCAAAACUCCAAAGCUGCCGAAUGUGCGUAGUGCGGUAAGUUAGUAUGAGUAAAGCUGUGUAACAAUUUAGUAACAAACCAAACCAUACAAGCUUAAACUGUGCUAGAUUGUUUAGUUGCAAACAUUUCAGCUCGUAGCAGCAUAUUACAACCAAAUUAUUGUCAUAACAAAGAGUUGAAUUCAGUUAGUUUGUGUUUAAGUAACAUGUAUGAAAUGUUUUCCUAAACUGCUCGUGUAUGGUUAAGUUUCACUCUUUCAAAGAGAAUUUAGUUUAAGGAAAAUGUAAUGAUUCAUUUAAGAAAAAGCCACAUUUAAACAUGUGUAAAAAUGUACUACAAACGUUCAUACAAACGUAAGUUACCAUUCAAAGCAAAACACUUCUUUAAUACCAAAUUUUUGGGCAUAAAGCUUUACACAAUCAGAAGAAAAAAAUCAGAAAGCACAAUGUUGUGCAAACACUACCAAAUCUAUACAAAACCAAACAAACAAAUUUAUUUUAUUUCGAUAAACAUUUUACUUUGGGCAACUGAAGAAAACAAAUGCUUUUGUUCACAUUUUCCUUAUGUUAGUUUAAGUACCUUCUUUUGUGGUUUAGCCAAACGCUUGACACAUUUGGAAUGGCACCACUAGAAGUGGUAAACGGAUGUGACCUAGAAUUUCGAUUUCAACGAAACAUACACACACACAAAAUUAAAGCUUACGUGACAGGUACAUUUUGUCAACUGAACCAACUGCUCCCGUACUGCAGCAACUUUGUUAAACACUGCACAAACAAACUGUUAGAAAAAAAGUUGCUAAAAUUGCAAGAAAGCUAUGCAGAUUGCAUAACUUACGGCUCAUUUCUUUACAUAUGGUCUACUUUGAGGUAAACCAUAGCUUUCGUAAUAGCUUGUGAAGUGGUUUUUGACAAAGUUGCCAUCUUUAUCCCCGUAAAAUUUCCCGUUUGAAAACCAAAACAACAACAAAAAACAAACGUCCGGGUUAAUAUGCGUCGGUGUAUGAAGGCAGCCAUUAGCGAGAGCGAAAAGAAAAUACAGAAACACGCUGUAAAAAGUUCUUAUGCAUAUGAUCGAAUCGAUAUUUCAAACAAACAAAGCUAGAUAUUUAAACUGCAUCAAUGAAAAUGGGUACCAUUUUCAACCGCAGCGAAUCGGGCUACGAAACUAAUAGGACAAUGAACCCAUUUUGCGGAAAUAUCGUGUAAGUUCACCGCGAUGAAGCAGUGAGAACCGAAAUUCAGUGCACUGUAAAGAUUUAAAAUUAACAAAACCCACCCACCACCAAAAAAUGCACACCAGUGUGGGGUGGAAUGGGGCAAACCGGCUAAAACAAAAAAAAAAACAUAAACAGCUAUUUUAUACAACCAUUGUGAAUAGGAGAAUAGAAUGAAACAUUGUGAUUGUGUUUUUUGCAAAUGCGAUCACAGCAGCGGCGGUGGUGUGCGAUGCGUGUGCGUGUGAAUGAUGCAAAAAUGAGUGAAUGGUGUGUGGCGAAUGGUGCAUGCAUGAAAAAUUUGAUGCCUUAUGAACACUAAGAAGAAACAUGGAAGAGAAGCAGAGGAAAACAAAAAACUAAACCAAACCAAACCAAGUACGCAAAAACGGAGGGAAAGUGCGGAAGGACGAAUUCGAAACGAAACGAAAGCUACAGCACAACUCGUAUAGUAUAGAUAUACAAUUUAUGUAUAUUGAAAAUAGUGUUCUUUUUUUUAAGAAAUUGAAAACAAAACCGUACUUUUGAUCGCAUUUCGUAAAACGAAACUGUGGUAAAGCAAGCAGCGAGGGAAAGCGAUGAGGGUAAGAGAGAAAACACUUGCACACUUGUAUUGAAUUGCACUGGUUUAUUGAGGGAUUCGAAACGAGAAGAAUUAUGUUUAAAGAAACGAAAACUAACUACAACAGAACAGGAAACAAACCUUUGGUUCUAGCAAACCCUACGCAAAACUAAACAGUAAUCGUGAGAAAAUGGAAAUGAGAUGUAGAGAAAAAGAUUUUUAAAAAAUCAUUCUCCAUCCCCGUUCCAAAAGCUUCACGGAGGCAAGGAAAACAAAACACAUGUCAAUGAAAUAGCGUAAAAACAUUCUUCGAAAACAAACCUGAAACUUACAAGAAGAGAAAAGAAAACACAAGUGCGAACGAAGUUUGAACGUCCAAAGGAAAGAAGAAGAUAACGAAUGGAAAGAGAAAGAAAACCAAGUGCGGUGCUGCUUUCGUGGAGUAGUAUAAAUAAAAUAUAUCUAUAAUUUUCAUUUAGAAAAAGAAAAAGUGCAUAUAAAUUCCGCUAUAUAAUUACAAGCAACAAAAAAAAGAGAUAAAAAGAAAGCGCAACUGCAGAUUAUCAUGGAGAAAAAACAAGGUAAGCAUAAGUGUCCAGUCCAGCAUGCAGAAAGCUUACAAAGUUUUUAAGUUUUCUUUCGUUUUCUUUUUUUAAAUAAAAUGCAGCUACAACUAUUUAAUGAAGGUGAUUUUUCAAAACAGUCCGAAGAGAGUUCACACAAACUAGAAUGCUGUAUAAAGCAGUGGUAAACCGAAAAUGUGAAAAUGAAAGAUUCAACCAGCUAGAAAGCAGUCCAGAACACAACAGGACAGCAACAAGAAACUAACGAAUAAUAGAUAUCAAUUGGUUUGAAAUAGUUUUCCAAAAAACCAAUGAAGCUAUAAAACACGAAAGCUGCAGGACAUGAAUGGGAAAAAAACAAUAUUUGAACCAAUUAAUUACCACCAACGCACACUAAGCGGAAAAUGCAUCCGUAACGGAAGGCAGAACGGAAAACACAGUUGAAAAAGAAGGAGAUACAUCUCUUUUUUGCUCUUACUUCUUCAGCUAGACAGGCGUACCGUACCAAACAAUGUUUCUUGUUUUGAUUUUAUUUACAUUUGUAUAUGUAAAAUUUAUAUAUGCUGUAAAGUAAAACUAAAGAAAAGGGGAAAAAACAAACAAACGUCGAAAACUGAACCGACAAACAGAACCGUGAGAAAAUAAAGAAGUCGUAAUUAUUGACUUAA